UUACACCCCUUACCAGUUGUCUCAGAUCUGUGAAGCGGAGUGAACGAAGGCAGAGGGCAAGGAACAUCUUCCUGUCAUGAAACAUGCAGCCACUUGUGGGGCGGGGGAGAUUUUCUACAUUUAUUUUGGCACAUUCGACAUAGCACAUGAAGGUUUCAAAACGCCAUUGCUUCCUCAUAGCUAAAUAGAUUGUUUUAAGUUCACAUUCUGUCAUUUGAGAAGAGGAUACUUGUCUUCAUGAGAAGAUGUCUUCAUUGUCUGAGUCAAACCCAAUGACGAUUGUGCUGCUGGGGAAAACAGGAAGUGGCAAAAGCAGUGCAGGAAACACCAUCAUUGGAAGAGGAGAGGAAGAGUUCAAGAUAGGUCGUUCAGCCAACUCCGAAACGCACAUGUGCGAAACAAAGACCAGGGACAUCAAUGGAAGAAAGGUCACUGUAGUAGACACACCUGGACUCUUUGACACAAACAUCCCUGAAGAGGAGCUGAAACCUGAACUAGUGAAAUGUAUUGUAGAGUGUGCUCCGGGGCCACAUGCCUUCCUCAUGCUUAGAGUGGACAGGUACACAGUCCACGACGAACAAGUCAUUACAAAAAUUGAGGAAUGUUUUUCACCAGAGGCCUUCAAAUAUGCCACAGUUCUCUUCACUUACGGUGACCAGCUUCUUGAAGGAAAAACCAUUCAGGAUUUUGUGAAAACAAAUAUGAAACUGAACAAGCUUGUGGAGAAAUGUGGUGGCCGCUGUCACGUCAUCGACAACAAAUACUGGAAUACCAGUCAGCAGGAUGAGUACAGGAACAACCAGUACCAAGUAGCAGAGCUACUCAACACCAUAGAGAAGAUGGUGAGAGAGAACGGAGGAGGGUGCUACACUAACGAGAUGCUCCAAGAGGCAGAGAGAUUAAUAAAGGCAGAGAUAGAGAGUAUUAGAGAGUCAAACAACCAGAUGUCAGAGGAAGAGAUUGAAAAACUAUCCAAGGAAAGAGCGAGAAAGAAACUCCUGAUCAAUUUGUCAGGGGUAGCAACAGGUGUAGUGGUAGGAGCUCUACUUGGGGUUGUAGGGUCAUUAGCAAUAAUACUCUUACUUCUUGCAAAGCCAUUGGGACAAUUAAGUACAAAAGUAGCAGCAGCAACAGCAGCAAAAGUAGCAGGUGUAGUAGCAGGAGGAGUAGCAGGAGUAGCAGGUGGAGUAGCAGGAGGAGGAGUAGCAGGAGGAGUAGCAGGAGGAGUAGCAGCAGCAGGAGCAGGCGGGGCAGCAGGAGCAGUAGGAGGAGUAGCAGUAGGAGGAACUGUAGUUGCGGUGGAGACCGGAGGAAGCAUUGGAGUUGGUGCAGGGUUAGGCAUAGCUGCAGGAGUUGUUGCUGGGACAGCAGCAUUAGUAGGAGCAAUAGGAGGGGGGGUAGUUGGAGCUGCGGCAGCAGAAGAUGCAGAGACACCAGGAGAGGCAGCAGAGAAAGCAGCUGAGGCAGUCCUUAAGAAGGGUAAGGGAAUCUGGGUGGAGUGUAAAGCAGUCUUGGUGGAGAGUAAAGGAAGUGUGGAGAAUGUAAGAAAUAUGUCAAAGGGGUACAGGAAACUGAGUUUCAGUAAUGAAAAGAUGUAGCAGGAGCACUCUAGGUAUACAAAUAAAUAAUUAAGGGUGAUCACAACCUCUCUGAGAAGAGUUAUGACCGGCAAUAAAAGGUUGUUUAUAAAUGUAUGUUCUAACAGGGGUGAUGGGUGCGGAGUUGAUCAACUGGAAUUUGAGCCUUAAUCUCAAAGUAAGCACUGGGGUCAGUCAUUCCAAAUUCGGGUUGGAUAAGUUAUAAAAUGUUUUCAUUGUGAUUGGGAUACUGAGAGAGAGAAUGGCUAAAGCACGAUGAGGGGCUGGGGCGCUGAUAACAUUUAUGUGGCAGAGAGAGUUUCCAGAAACUCCCUUCACGUGUCAUCGUGAAGGGAGGUAAUUUGUUUGGGCGAAUCAAUGGAUGACAGUUUAGGACAACCAUUAAAGUUUUUUUUGUUUUACCCUGUAUUCAGAGUUUCUAUGUUACAUUGCAUCAUACUCACUUUUGUUGCCAGCAGUUUAGAUAUUAAUGGCUGUGUGUUGAGUUAUUUUGAGGGGACAGCAAAUUUACACUGUUAUACAAGCUGUACACUCACUACUUUACAUUGUAGCAAAGUGCCAUUUCUUCAGUGUUGUCACAUGAAAAAAUAUACUCAAAUAUUUACAAAAAUGUGAGGGGUGUACUCACUUUUGUGAUAUACUGUAUAUAACUGUGAUGUGAGAAAUGUUUUGCUGUCUGAUUACAGCUGUACAUAAUCUUUGGAAAGAAUUAAACUUGGUUAAAGCUUC